AGCACGAUUGUCAUUCAUAUUGCAGCAGGAUCACUGGGAAAGAGUUAACAGCAGAUGGCUUUUAUAUGGAGCCAUUGAAGGUUGAGGUCGUGUAUACACUUCUGCCAUGAGAGACGAGCAAAUGCUGGCGCCGCAUAAAAGAUACAUCACACCCGCUAUCGAGUUUCCCAGCAUCGUCGUACUUGUCUGAUUGGUGACUAAUGGCAUUUCUUUUUGCUUCCUAUCUAUCAACCAUCAUACCCGCCCAUUUCUGCGACAACUCUAUUCAAUAUUCCUUCUUUGUUUCUCUUGGCCAAGGCAGCUCUUUACUCUUCUCGUCGGCCAGUUGGUAUCAAACUCUGGCAGCCAAGAUGGCACCAAUGGAAUGCCAAGUGCCAGCUGGGCAGUGGACGAACAUUUACGUUAUGGAAACGCACCAAAAUCCUCUUACUCGGGCACGUGGAACAGCAAAUGCCAAUGUCGGAUGUUUGGUGUGGGCGGGAAGAGAGAAAGCAUGUAAAUCUCCCAUCAUCUCCUUGUUCAUCUCGAGUCGCUGUUGUUUCCUCCUUCCUUUGCGACUACUCUGUAAUCCAAGUGCCACCGACGCCUCCCCAAAGCGAAAAACGGUAAAAUCAAAACGUUCGACGUCUUGCGCCGUACUUUGCGACCGCGAGCGACUUUUGAACAUUGCGCUCUUCGCAUCUCGACUUUGAACCCCGCAUACUCAGACACCAUCAUCAUCACUCUGUGCUCGCGCUCUUCAACCACUCAAUCGCAACAAUGGCCAACCUAUCAUAUGGCCGUGGCGGAGCAGGUACGAAUCCAUGCACACAAUUCACUUCCCCA